CUCGCGGGGGUGGGGACAGAGAGGAUCUUCUCCAUGGCGGUGGGAUACGGGCGCCGAGCGCGGCGACAGCGGGCCGCGCGGGGUGGCGUGAGUGCGGCAGAGUGAGACAGACACACGGCAGUAAAAGUGUGCGCGGCGCUCCUCUCCGGAGCACCUUCAGAAAGGUGUGCGAUGUCCGAGGCGGUAUCGAAGGAGAGCCCGGAGCAGGAGGGCGAGGGCGGCUCCAGGAGGAGCAGCUGGGGGCUGCUGGUCACGGCUGGGCUCGGCGGCACCUUGGUGGCCCUCUAUGCCGUGGUCACCCCCUUCGUGACCCCGGCCCUGAGGAAGGUGUGCCUGCCCUUUGUUCCUGCAACUGCCGCUCAGAUCCAGAACGUGCUGAAAAUGCUGGAAAAUAGAAGCGGCCCCCUAGUUGACAUUGGUAGCGGGGAUGGCCGCGUUGUGAUAGCAGCUGCAAAAAAGGGAUUCAAAGCUGUUGGUUAUGAAUUAAAUCCCUGGCUAGUUUGGUACUCCAGAUACCGAGCCUGGAGAGAUGGAGUACAUCAGAAUACCAAAUUUUAUAUUUCAGACUUAUGGAAGGUUUCAUUUUCCCAUUAUAAAAACAUUGUUGUUUUUGGCGUACCUCAGAUGAUGCCACAGUUGGAGAAGAAGCUGGAAGAAGAACUUGAAUGUAAUGCCAGAAUCAUUGCCUGUCGCUUUCCGUUCCCCUGCUGGAUUCCAGAUCAUACUACUGGAGAGGGAAUAGACACUGUGUGGGCCUAUGAUUUGAAACAUUACAGAAGGUGUGAAACAAAAAGCUUGGAAAUUACACCAGAGACAGAAUCUUAAACAACUAAUUUGUUUUUUAUACUGAAAUUUUUAGCUAUGAUUUUACCUGUUGAAGAUGAGAUUAAUGUGGAUAGAGCCCCAGCAUAUGGAGAUAUAUGUAUUCACUUAAAAAUCUGAAAUGCACUGAUUAUCUGAAAGCAAACAAAGGUUACUGAAAGAUGUAGUUAAAUGGCUUAAUGUAGUGUCCUGCUUUAACUCCAUCUGGCAAUGAAGUACCACACAUGUGUUCACUCCAGUCCUCCCCCUCCCCUCAUGUCUUGGGAAGGAAAAUUGGGAAAAAGGUUAUACCUGUGGGUUGAGGUAAGAAUAGUUUAAUAAUUGAAAUAAAUUUAAUAAUAAUAAAAAUUGUAAUGAAAAGAAAGACAAAAAAUGAGAGGAGUAAAACCCAAGAAAGAUGAGUGAUGCACAAUACCAUUAUUCACUCCUCACUGACUGAUACCCAGCCCAUCCCAGAGCAGUUAUUAUCCCCUCCUUGCCACUCCCCCCAGUUUCUAUACCAGACACGAUGACAUAGAAUAUCCCUUUGGCCAGUUUGGGUUGGCUAUUCUGGCCAUGCACUCUCACGGCUUCUUGAAUGCCUUCUUCUUGCCAGAGCAUGGGAGACUGAAAAGUCCUUGGCUUGGGGCAGGCACUGCCUGUCAUCAACUAAAACACCAGUGUUACCAACAUUAUUUUCAUCUUAAAUCCUAAACACAGCAUUCUACCAGCUACUAGGAAGAAAAUUAACUCUAUCCCAGCCAAAACAUGACAUGUAGCUACUAAAAAUUAUGAGAAAGUUUUAUAGAAGUGGAAAGCUUUAAUAUGGAAAAUGGGAUAAAAACCACAGAUCACUAUUGUUAAGGGGAAUAUCUGUGUAAAUUAAAAUGCUCAGAUUGAACUUAAUAUAUUUGUUCUUUCUGACUCUAUGUAGCAUUUGGUGUUGGUGUUGGAAGUGGUGUGCAAGUGGCUUCUCAAAUGAGCUGUGGUUCCCAAAUGACUUCAUUAUGUAUGGCAAGUAGGCAUAAUGCUGCAUACACAAAACUGAUCCAGGUAGAAUCUGAUGGUGAUACAGUUGUUCACACCUCAGCCUUGAAUGUGUACCUUUAGAAGCUGAGUAUGACAAAAGAAGCAAAUAUAAUAAGUUGUUUAUUCACUAACACAAGUGCAGCCCCUGAUUAUAUUACUGAAUUUUUAUCUCACUUGUUAUGUGAAAACAAACUGUAGAAGUGUGCUCUUACUGAACUCGUAUUGGUACAAGCCUUUGCAGAUGGCCCUCUGCUUUAGGAAGGGGUUUCAGAAGUCGUUUACUUGUCAGUGGAAUGUCAACAUUUCUGUGUGCUCAAACUUUGGAUAAAGGUAUGGAUGGGAGUUGCUUUCUUGAAUGUUUGAAGGCUGUCUAUGAUUCCAAAGCUAACUGUUCUAGCUAGCUUGGCUAAAUCUGAUUGAACCUUAUUUAAUUUAUGACAGGAAAUGAGACGGAAGGUUUUCAAUCAGACUUCUUUUGCCUUCUACUUUUCUGUACUGUCUGAUGAGAUCUCAGAAACUCAUAGUAUUGCUGUGUAGCUUUUCCUUCUAAGUGAAGUGAGUUCUCCCAGUCCUUUUGCCGAUACUGGUUUGCAGUGGGGUGCUGUCACUGCACUGGCAUUUUCCUUUUCUAUCGUGGUUAUAGCACUUUUAUAAAACAGAAAAGUCUGCUUACUUGUUCUUUUUUCUGAUUCCCAAGUAAAGUUUUACUGUUUUUACCCAGAAACAAUUAGUCAAAGUUCAUAGUCAGCCUCUCCUGGCCCCAUUUAACACAUAGCCUGUUUGUUAAGCAGUGACUAUGUUUGUCAGACCUUUGCAUAUAUUAUACCCAUAGAAUGAAGUUAAACAAGCUAAGCAAUUGUUACCUGACUUCAAGGCAGUUGUUAUCACAACUAAAAUUAUCUCAGGACAAGAGAAGUGCUGAGACUGUACAAUUUCAGGUAAGUAUAAAGUCUGUGACAUUUUAUUAAGUGUCAGGAAAGCAAAUUUGCUGGACAAUAGUAUCUGGCUUGAAGAGAAAUGGGGUGCUAUUUGGGAUAUGUAGCCUACAAUGAUACCUGUAACCAGGCUUUUUAUUUUUGGUGUGAGGGGAGAGGAAGGAGAAUUUAAAAUACAAAUCCACACUGAGGAUUUGAAGUGGAGCAGUGGCAUGGUUUUGUCCUGAUAAGGUAUACAAAACAGGAAAAAAAGGGGCAAAUGUAUCUGGAGUCUGCAAAGGAGAGGUGAUUUCAGCCUCGCAUGGCAAAGCACAGUUGUAAUUGUGGAGACUGUGAACUGAAGUACACUGGUUUCUGGUAAGCAGACUUUUACAGCCUUUCACUGCGAUGUUACAUAAAGCAUCUUGUAAAACUACACUGAAUUCUUUCUGUCAUGAUCUAAAUGUUAUGAUUAUUACACAGUGACAGGACAGUGGCUUGUCUAAAAUGGCUGAAUUAAAUUUCCUAAGGCCAUAAAACUGGAACUGUAGACAGAAGAAGUCUGAAAUUAUUUCUAUUGGAAAAAGAUCAUAAAAAGUGUAAAUUAGUUAAUUAAGCAGAGUCCUUCCUCAAAUGAUUGUAAAGGAGAAGAGAACACAAAAGAUUUUGAUCAACUGAAUUGUGACUCACCUGCAGUGCAGUGCUUUGACCCAAGUUUCUACAGCCUAAUUUCACUAAAGUUAUUUUGUAGGGAAUGAAGCAGCUGUUUGCUUUUUUCUUCUGUGUUUGACUAUAUAUUUUUCUAUUGGAUUAAUGUUUGUCUAUUAACAGGUAAAACUGAA